AUGUGCCUCUCCGGCCACCAUGACCACCAUGUCCUCCAGAUACGGCGGUCGUCAUACAAGAACAGCGUGGUGAUCUGGGUGGCGGAGCUGGAGGAGGUUGCGGACAUGUCCCUGGUGCAGCCAUACAUGGUCAACCACGAGAGGGUGAUGUACCUCAACCCGAGGCUGCAGGCGCCGCAGCACGCCAUCAUUUGCUUCAGCCCCGCCGGCGCAUGCCUGAUGUGCGGCCGGAAACUCGUCGACGAAAUCUUCCGCUUCUGCUCCCUCGGCUGCAAGCUUGAAGGAAUCGUGUCUGAUCCCAACUUGACAUUCAUUCUUGAUCCGGAAUGCAAGUGGGAAUACUCAGACUCAGACUCUACCGAAGAAGAAGAAGACGGCGGCCAUCUGCCAGGCCCUAGCAACUCUCAGCCAAUUGGAGGGACUAGUUACCUCCGCCAGCCAAGGAAGGGCGUCUGUGGCCCACCUCAACAGGCGCCCUUCUACUGA